ACAAGGCGGUCCACUGGAAUGCACUUCCACUCAUGCACAUAACAUCUGUUGACACCACACUAGACCUCCUGAGGAAAGUGGUACUUCUUGGUAUUACAUCCCUGAGAGAGCUGUGGGCUUUAAGCGGACAACAUGAAGCCAAAAUCUCUUCCAUCAAGAUUUUUUGACAGAAAUUCCGAACCAGGUGAGACUCUGAAUGUACGAGCAGCAAAGUAUCAGCGACAUGUGGACUGUGCCGAUCACUGCGGCCACAGUGACAGCCAGCCAGCGGGCGACUACUGCAGACAAAAUGAGAGAAGCCACAGAGAAGUUCAUUUUGCAUUUCUGCCAGAGAAGUAUGAGCCGCUGGUGGAUGAGGAGGAGCGAGUCAAGGCAAAAGAAGAGAAGAAGAAAAGGAAGAAAGAAAAGUACAAAAAAGUAAAGAAGAAUGUUGGCAAGGCACUGCGCUCCACCUGGAAGUGUCUGAUGCUCGGUCUGUACAAUUUUGCCCAAGGCUACUCAACUCCGAUCACGGUGGCUGCUGCCUUUGUACCCGACUUUCACCCAGGCAGAAACACGACCUGAGCCGAGCCACGUGCACGGGCCAAAGACUUUAAUAUGUUUGUGUAUUUGAAAUUACAUUUUUAUAUUUGAGUUGUAAUCAGAAAUAUUCUAAUUGUGAUGUAGAUGGCUAAAUGUUGACGUUAUGCCCUUGUAAAAUAGGCUUUUUUUCUUUUUACAGCAGAUGUUUGUUACUUAUUACAUUAAUGAUUAUUGAUCAGCUGUCCCCACUGUCAUACGUUUCAUCAUUUACACCAGCUUCUCCUACUGUGACAUGUUGAUCUUAUUAAUCCUAAUAUCUUGUUAAUCAUAAAGACCACUUUUUAACCAGAUUUGCAGAACACAGUUUAGAUCAUAAAAUUAGAUAUAGAGUAUGUAAAAUUGCGCUUUGCAGAGAGACCCAGUGCUUUCUUUAUGUACAUCUUAAGCCUAAAUUAUUGUUACUUGUGCACAUAUUAACUCCUAAAAAGACAUACUUUUUUUUCACUU